AUGAGAGCCAGGGACCCGUCGCUGAAGAGCCAAAUUGAGAAGGAAUCCAUCGCGCUGUUCAAGAAGAACCUGCUCAAGGAAAGCUACAGCUGGUUCAAGGACACGGACUACUUCGAAAAGCUGAAGAGCGAGAAAAAGUACAGCAAUGCGGAGAACGAGCGGGAGACGAAAAAUGUGGUGACGGGUCGUGUGCAGCUGGGGUGGGGGGGGACGUUCUUCCUGCUCUGUUGCGUUGUGGUUAUCUGUGACAAUUCAGGAUGGCAGUCAUGCAACCAUUAUAACAACAGCAUUUUUUACUCUCCAGAAGCGUUAACGGUGGUGUAUUCUAUUCUCUUCAUAGUGUACGCUUUUCCUCUGUUUAUCCUGCAAGAGUGUUUGGGGUUGCUGUCUCAAGGGAACUAUGUGAAGUCCUGUAGAAUGCUGUCCUCUCACAUGGGAGUGCUAUCGAUUUUUUCCCUCCUCGGAACAGUAACCUUCUGUGCAAAGGAGAUAUGCAAUUUUUCCGUGGAGCUUUUACAAAACGUGUUACGCAUUGUGAAUAUGAGAAAUGGGGAGAAGAAAUACGCCAUGACGAAGGUGUUUAUAGAUUUAACGAAAAGACAUAGCGAAGAUUGCGCUUUAAUGCCAGACACAAUUUACUUGGAAGCCAUCAACCAGUGUGUCUCCUUUAACAGAAAUGUGAUGGUCAAUUUUUAUGAAAACUUAUGGUUCAUUGGAAAUAAGGAGAAUUGCCUAUACCUCAUUUUGAUAGCCACUCUGUUUAUCCUUUUCUGUUACCUCAUUUUGCUAAGAGAAAAUUUCCGAGUCUUUAAGUUUUUCAUUUUUGUGAUUAUAGUCAACUGGAUUAGUAGCAAGUCAGUCGUCAUAAUGAACACCUUCUUCUUUUACAUUCCUCAGGAGAAAAAAUUGCAUCAAGAGGUGGUCCAGAUAUUUCAAGAAAUUGGCAUAGUAAAACUGACCAUCUUUCUCUAUGGCACCAUCGCUAGGAGCUCUUCCAUUUUCAUCCUCAGUACCUUCGCUUCCUACUUUCACACCAACACAAAUGUUUUGAGGAUCACCAUCUACACCUUCGCUUUCUACAUCCUCAACAUGUAUUUUUACCUUAAGAAUGAGGCCCACGAGUAUUACCUCUACAAUAGCAGGGACUUUUCCACCGUGAAGGAAUUCAACUUUAUGAAAUGCAACACGUAUAUUAAUUUGCUGCAGGGGUUGGCACAUGGACGGGAGAAUGGUGGAGCAGGGGGAGCGGCUGCCUCCUACCGCGAGGAUGACAUACCCUCUGCUCACACGCAAGACGAUCGGUACGCCGUUUGGCAAAAGCUCUGCCUCUUCUUUAGCUCCUACUCCUUUUUGUUCUCCACCAUCUUCAUCGUGCUUAUGCAGCUGCUGGGCCCAUUCAACAUCCUCAUGGAGAGGGGGAGGCGCGAUGGCCAUGUGGAGAGCGAACAUAGCAGUGGAGAGGGCGAAAGGAGAAUCUACACGUACAAGUCGCUGGUCAGGCGCUACGAGCGGGACCGCAUCAGCCGAUCCGCCUCCAAUAACAGGUCUUCCUCCGUGUCUGGCCGGGGCGGGCGCGCAAAAAGGGGGCGCAAAAAUGGGUAUAAAAAAGGGCAUAAAAAUAUUCAUCAAAAUGGGCACAAAAAAGGGCACCAAAAUGGUCAUAAAAGUAGCCACCAACAUGGUCAUAAAAGUAGCCACCAACAUGGUCAUAAAAGUAGCCACCAACAUGGUCAUAAAAAUAGCCACCAACAUGGUCAUAAAAAUAGCCACCAACAUGGUCAUAAAAAUAGCCACCAAAAUUGUCAUCCACAUUGCCACCAAACUGAUUAUGGAGAAAAAAAAAAAAAAUUCCCCCGCUUUCUUUUUUUCAAAGGGGGGGAGGAAGCUCACCGAGAGAGGCACGACCAGGAGCGCUCCCUCUACUUGUCUAGGAAAAGCAGCCUGCUGCCAGAAAAGGGAAACUACUCCCAGGCGCAUUCGUCCGCCCUUUCGAAUCUGCAAAAUGGGGGGGAGGAGGCCCCAGAUGAACUUCUCCCCUACAAAUGCUUCGACGGCGAACCAGGCGAUUUCAACUUUGGGGGAAGCUCCUUCGAAGACGACAUCGGGGUGGCAGACCUUGCGGGAGAAGACCUCCAAGGGAAGAAGUCAAAUCGGCGGCGAAGGCAAAGCAGCACCAGUGCACACAGAAAGGGCAGUAGCAGCAUGUACGCUGAUAGUGAGCUCCCUUCGUGGGGUGCCAGGCGGGAUUUAUUGUCUGCCUCGAGUGGCUCAAGCGCGGGUUCCAGCGAGGCGGUAGAGGGAGGGGGCGCCAGGUGGAGCGGCGAGGGCGCCUCAGGGAAGGGCGGCUCGGGGAAGGGCAUCUCAGCGAGGGGAAGGCCAACGAAGGGAAGCUCGCCGAAGGGCGGCUCGGGGAGGGGCGAUUCAGGGAAGAGCAUCUCCGCGAAGACCACCUCCGCGAGGGGCAUCACUGGUACAGUCUCCCCCACGCGGAAGAACACCCUGCACAGGGGAAUCGCAGCCCUAGUGGAAGGAAUGAAAAACAGAGUGAUGAACAAAUACGGGACCUUCCUCCUCUUCGCAGUGAUAUACGUCUUCACCAUCCUGCACGUGAUGGACUUCCGGAGGAACAAAGACAUCGUGAGCGAGAUCAUUUUGAAUUCCCUCUACAGGGGCUUCUUAAUUUUUAUUUGUGCAGUUCAAGUGAUCUACGCGUCGUGGCUCUUUGGGAUGAAGUUGCAGAUGGCUCAGUGCGGAGUAAUCUCUUGCCUUUUAAAUUUUUUUUCCUGGGUUGUUGUGCUGCCCCUGGUGUUUGUGAUAUACUUUAGGGAGGGCAGUUGGCUGCAGAUGCUCAUCAUCGGCCUGUCGCUGAACGUGGUUGCGGUGGCCACGUCCUUCCUGGAGGUCACCCUCAAGCUCCGCCGCGGCACAGCGGAGAAGCGGCAACGCUACAGCUAUGCAGCCCUUUUUAAAAAGUGCCUGUACUGGCUGUAUAUAGGCAACUUGGAGGUGCUCAGAAGGAACAUGAAUAUCGCCAUGUCGGGGCAAGAGGAGAAAUACAUCCCCCUCUUUUGGAGCUUCUUCCUCAAGUAUAUUAAUUCCUCUAUGCUGGUGGUGGUGGUCAUAUACAAUACGAGGGAGUAUUUCUUUAAGAUGCUGCCCAUGUUCGGCGGCUCCUUCAGCUUUCGAAUUGAGUUAGGUUCCAUCGUGCUGAUUUUCCUGGGGUCCCUCGCCGUGCUGGCGGGCAACCUCCGCAGGGACCACUACCGGCCGCAAACCAUCGGCAUACCACCCGUGCCCAUGUUCUGUCAGGACAAGCGCAGGUACAUCUUUGCCAGUUGA